AUGAUUUAUAAAUUCAUUAAAUAAAUUAAUGUUUCCAAAUCCAAUACCGUAAUCCAAAUAAAAAGGUAUAUCAUAACCUAGUCGAGAGCAGCCCGUUAGAAUUAUAUUCAAGAAGAGAAGUCAAGACAAAUAAAUAGAGAAAACCAAUUACUAUUCCAAAAAAUACUUGAUAUUACAAUGAAGUAGAGAAACAGUUCAACAACUCCAACAAAAAGCACAUUAAAUUAUAAGAAUAGAAAAGACUUUUAAUAGAAAAUAAUGGAUGAAAACUAAAGAUUAUUCACUCGAAUAAAAUAGUAAACAUCAUUUUACAAAAUGUAAAAAUCACAACCAAAAUCUUUAUCUAAACAGAGAGCAAAUUCAUCUGUAAAUAUAUAGAAUUAUAAAAUUAUAGUAUUUGCCAAGUAAGAAAAUAUAAGAAUUAUAUUAAGGUAAAUUAGAGCAAGGAGGUUUAGUUUAUAAGAUAAGGAUAAUUAUAGAUGGACAGUAUAGAAAUAUAAUUUAAUUUAGAUUAUUUAAGAUUACGGCAACAACAGAUGAAUAAUCUUAUACAAGAGUAUUGGAAAUGAUGAAAAGUGAUGGUAAUAUAGUUAGUAAAUGAAUAGGAGUUUUACUUUUGAAGAAUGUUUUUCAGAAUGAUUUUCAAAAUUUAAUAGAAAAUUUAUAGAUAUCAGAUAAGAUUACUAUAAAAGGGAUAGAAUUAAUAGAGACUCAUGGUAAUUUUGGUUGA